UGGAAAUCAAACAUGGCGGACGUUCCGGAAAAUGCCCCUGAACACUGCCCAGGAACGGGUAGUGAGCAGGCGGGAAAGGGCGCUGCAUGUCAAGGUUGUCCAAACCAGAGUAUUUGUUCCUCUUCUAAACCUUUGGGACCAGAUCCAGCUGUGGAGGAAGUGAAGGAAAGAAUGUCAACUGUCAAGCACAAAAUCUUGGUGUUGUCUGGUAAAGGUGGAGUUGGGAAAAGUACUUUCACAGCUCACUUAGCCCAUGGUCUGGCUGCUGAUGAAAGUAAACAGAUUGCAGUGUUGGAUGUUGAUAUCUGUGGCCCUUCUAUACCCAAAGUGAUGGGUCUUGAGGGUGAACAGGUUCACCAAAGUGGUUCAGGAUGGUCACCUGUGUAUGUAGAGGACAAUCUUGGUGUUAUGUCUGUGGGGUUCUUGCUAAGCAGUCCCAGUGAUGCAGUUAUUUGGAGGGGACCCAAGAAAAAUGGUUUGAUCAAACAGUUUUUACGGGAUGUUGACUGGGGUGAUGUAGACUUCCUAGUGGUGGAUACCCCUCCUGGCACCUCUGAUGAGCACCUGUCAAUCGUCCAGUAUUUGAGUAACACACAUGUUGAUGGAGCCAUUAUCAUAACCACUCCUCAGGAAGUUGCAUUGCUUGAUGUGCGCAAGGAAAUUAAUUUUUGUAACAAAGUGAAAAUGCCUGUGAUUGGAGUAGUGGAGAAUAUGAGUGGAUUUGUUUGUCCCAAUUGCAAGAAAGAGUCGCAGAUCUUCCCACCCACUACCGGAGGUGCAGAGAAAAUGGCGACUGAAAUGAAAGUGCCUUUUCUUGGCAAAGUACCGCUUGAUCCUAGAAUAGGUCGCUGUUGUGACGAAGGAAAAUCAUUUCUAUCCGAAGUACCGGAAUCGCCAGCUACUAACGCUUACAAGCAGAUCAUUCAAAGAAUUUUAGACCAUUGUGACAAGAGACUGGAAGAAAACUGAAAUGAAAUUAUGCAGAAUUUACAAGAAAAUGCGAGGCGUGAGGCGAUAGCUAUCGCCAAAAAAAGUGUACACUGAUUAAAACGAUUGCCAGCGUAGGUUUCAAGAUGAAAGACAUUCUGGAGAAAAAGACGGCUUUGUUCAGGGAAAAGCAAACCCAUGCAAGAAGGAUCUCAAGACUUAAGGGAACUGAAGAUGUCUUCAAAUGAUAACGAUUUGCGAUUUCUUGGAAGAAGAACUUGAUCGGGUGCUUCAGUAGCCACGAAAUAUGAACUGUCUCGGUGGACUUGGACUAAGCCCUUUCACAACCUACGGGUGACUAUAGGUAUAAAAAAACAACCAUGGAAUCUUGUUUAUUUAAGUUCUUGAAUUUCUCAGAACCAAGAUUAUGAGCUUUGUUUCGCAGCCAAUAAGGAGAAUUUGUAUCAAGAUCUUAAAAUAGAAAGAGUUGUUUGUUUUUUUUUACUAAUGGAGGCGCGAUGUUGUUCUUUAUCUUGUAACAAUGAAGGCUGGAAGGUAGUCGGCUAAGUCCAAUUUCCCAUUCUGGAUGAUCCAUCUUUUUAUACAACUGAAGAUAAAAAGCCGGUUAUUGUCCACAUUUUUAUAUCAAGAGUUUGUUUUAAUAGAGCGUGAGGGAAAAAAUAGCUUGUACCACUAACAUCUAUCAGUCAAAUUUAGGGAGAUAGUCAGAGGGGAGAAGGUUUCAUAAAAAGGUUAUAACAGAUAACUUUAGUUACAGCUACCAGCUGUCAGACGUGGAGUUACGUCAGGAGUCACACGUCCAGCUUGCUGCUUUUGUGUCACGCCACCUGGCAGGUAUUUACUGAGAAAUUGCAAUGAUGCUCUUUCGUCACUUAGGUAAUGAGAUAAUGUAAAAAAUAUCAUGUUUUAGAGGAUACUGUGUUGAAAAAUAAUUGUUGGGCGACGGGUAGUCUAAGUGUGAAGGAUAAAUUUGAAUACAAAUGAGAAAACAAAACAUUGUUUAUUUAAAAAAAAGAAAUUUUACAUAUUUGUAGUCAACUUACUUAUACGUGUUCUGAAGAUUUUCGAUUGGUCAUGCUCAAAGAAGCAAUAGUAUAAUAUAUAACAAAAAAUAUUGUGGAUAAUAACCACGAAAUUAGAAGGGCAUUCACGUAUUCACGCGCACACAAAAAAAGACUAUUUAAAAACGUUUCAAAUGCUUGGAAAGAUGAAAAGGAAAAUAUAGGACGCACAAUAAGACGCUCAUGAUAUCAGGGAGGACAUCUCGGUAAUAGAUCAUUAACCUUAAUCCUCUUUUAGAUCUUUGAGAAAUGAACUUAUCCUCGUGUUUCGUCUGGUUCAUUUUGCUCUCUUAUACUGACGCCAACCAACUACCUACAGAAUUAGGCUAGGACAAUUUAGAAACUCGACGUGAAAAACUAAAGGCUGAGAUGGCCUAUAAGUCCUUAAAUGGCCUCAUACCCAAUUAUUUGUCCUCGAAAUUCAUUCAGAGGAGUGAUGUGAUUACCUCUCACAUUUUGCGCGAUUCUGAAAAUAAGCUUGCUAUUCCCUUGCCACGCACUAACUAUUAUAAAAAUAGCUUUGGCUAUAGUGGUGCAAUCUUCUGGAACAGCCUACCCUCAGCAGGCUAGACAAGCAACAUCUCUGGCUAAUUUCCGACGAUCGUUAAUUAACUCCGACACGGCAUUCAUGUAAAACAGGCUUUAAUUUAAUUUACCUUCUGUAAUAGUUAGUAAUAUUUUAAAUUAGACUAAUAUUCAUAGUUUAUACAUAGUUUUUCGUAAUGAGUUGUACCUUUCAUAUUAAAUUGUUAAUGCCU